AUGAUAACUCUACAGAUUUUGAAACUUAUCAGCCACUUCCGAGUAGAGUUUUACUCUUUCCCUUCCCUUCUCGCACCUUGUUCAUUUCAGUUGAUACAAUGCGGCCGAGAAAGCGUCCAUCUGCGUCCUCCAAUUUGCGCCGCCUACAUCUGCCAUGUGAAUCAGUUGGUGAAGAAUCGACCUGUUACCCUGGCGUUGACAGGAUGGCUUUCCGCUAGAACUUUGUUUGACCGCCAUUUUACAGAUGUUGAGGUGAGUUCUUGCCUUCCGUUGUAUCCAUCGUAUAAUUGUCGAUUCACUGUGACCAGCUUCUGGAGCACCAACUGCUACUUUUUGUCACGAGACCCCGAAGUGAAGUAUUAUAUGUCUGACUCGGCUCUUGGGUCUGUCUAG